AUCAAUCCAAAGCACUUGCUUCUUCCAUCACCCCUACUUCUCCAGCUCACCUUUAGGCCAGGCUGCAUACUGGGAGUAAUCUAGGUUCAGCCUUCAAGAUCAUUACGUAGUCUGACCACUCCGAGUAGCAAAUCCUUCAUCCCAGUCAAAGAAGCUUGACUGCUUCAAGCCAGGUGUUAUUUCCUGGACUUCUCAGAGCCGUGUCACCAUGACGAAACUAAAGCUCGCCGCUUGGUUCCUCGCCAUAGCUUUACUCGCAACAGUCACCCUUGCUCAGAAGUACCCUCUAUGUCCUUUCACCGGCCUCCCUCCCACGAAAACCUCAUGGAAGGUCACGCGAUGUCCCGACGCUGCUGAAAUGACAUGCUGUAAAGACUGCUCCGAUAAGCGAUACGCGCUCGCCGAAGUUAGCGCCAACGUGACUACGCUUAUCUCCACAGUCGAUUCUCGCCUUACGAAUUUGCUUUCCGGCAAAGACACCCAGCUCUGCUCGUCGUUCGUCGGCUUCAGGGACUGUCAGGACCUUCUAGAGCAGAUGAUCUGCGCCACUGGCUGCAACCCAGAUUCCGGGAAGUAUUUGGAGCUGCCACCGGGGAAAGUGGGAGUGAUGCGCGUUUGCUCUAGUUACGCCCAGACGGUGUACGACAAGUGCAAGGAUCUGCCGCUACCCGGUUUUCAAGGACCCAUUUCGACGUAUUUCAACUCGGGAGAAAAGCUAAUGACGACCCUGUUCGGGAGGGUCGGCCAAGCCUUCGACGCGAUUAACUACACGGUGCAAGUCACGCCAACCAACGGAGGAACUGACAAGUGCUACAACGGCCCAAAGCAGAUCCCAACGACCAACGUCUGCUGCGACCCGCUGCCCGCCACCCCUGACUGCCCGCUGGAGAAACUCAACGUCACCAUGAACCCGGCUUACGGGCCCUUCGUGGGCCGAACCAUAGCUGACCCCACCUGCCCUGCUGCACAAGGCAGCGGAUCUGUUCCUCUGGCGGAAACGAGUUCGUCUGCCUCUCCCCCCCCGCCGAAACCAGCUGAGCGUGUGCUGGCUUGGAGGGUGGUGUUCAACGUGCUUGCGCUAGGGAGUGCUGCGUUUUUCUUGCUUCUUUGAUUUGCCCCUGCGUUUCAAUUGCUAAUUGAUUACAUCAUCUAAGGCCUGCGUUUUGAAGCCCUCUAAAGUUGCUACCAUUCACUUGUUCUUGGUAAUGGUGUCACACAUAUAUUGUAUGUUUUUGUAGACUAUAUAGGGUUGUGCCUUAGGGAGUACAACCCAUUAGGUUAUAUUCCCUUGUAUGCCUUGUUCUAG